CGCUCCAACCCAACAACAGAAAGAGGUGGAAAAAAGAGGAGGAAUCGAGAAAUCCAACAACCCUAAUCAUCCCGCUGAGAAAAAAAAUCAUGGAUCUUCCAUCUCUCACACAAGCUCAACAGCAACAAAUCCAACAAUUACAUCAACAAUUUCAAGAACAUCAAAUUCAACGACAGAAACAACAACAAGAAUCAGCAGCAUCAUAUUCAUCUUACGAUCCUUCUUCCCUUCAUCAUUUUCAAUCAUACAAUCAACCAAUCCAACAAAAUUACGAUCAAUCAUAUCACCACCACCCGUCAUACUCACAUUACCCACAACCACAGCACCACCACCACCACCACCAGCAGCAGCAGCAACAGCAACAACAUUACCCUUCAUACUAUCACCAUGAUUAUUCAAAUGCUUACCAUCAUCAUCACCAAUCAUAUUCUCAGAUAGACAAUACUCCUCCUAUCCAACCACCAGGAGUUUCCUCCGAAGCAGCAGCAGUGGCUACUCAAAAUGCUUAUUAUCCUCCUUACACUCAACCACUUGAUAACCCAUCAACAUCUUCUGAUUAUCCAGGUUUGAACCCUGCUGCUGCCGCUGCUGUUGAGGCGUUAUCACAAUUGACACACUUUGCUGGUAAUAUGGAUGCAGCUGAGAGAGCAAUGGCUGCUGGAGUGCAAGACAGACAUUGGAAUCCUAACAAUGAACUAGGAGUUGGAGGAGGAGGAAUGUACAGUCAAAUGCCAAUGCCGAUUCAGCAUGCUCCCUAUCCGGUUCAUUUUGGGACCUUGCAGGCUGGGAGAUCUUCGUAUAACAGAGGUGGGGUUAAAAGAGGUGCAAGGACAUUCAGAGGCACCAGUCGAGCGAAUUUGGGGAACAGACACUCAAGGCCAGACGGGCCAGCACCUUAUUCUCACGGAAGGGGACGUGGUGGUGGUCGCCGUUUCCCAUCACGGUGUGAUUCAUUAUCAACGUUCCCAGAAGCUUCAGCUCAGAAAUCAGAGGAAGCAUCCACACAUGUCAAGACAGGUGCGGAUGAGCUACCACAAGCCACUCCAGCAUCAGCGUCGUCUACAGCAGCAACUACUACAACAUCAGUACAAGCAACCCGAUCAACUAAACGACCUCCAGGGAUUACGUGGUGUGAGAUUUGUAGAUUGGAUUGCACCACUCCAGAUAACCUCGAUCAGCACAGAAAGGGGAAGAAACAUAAAAAAAACCUGCUAAGGUUUGAGGAGGUGCAGAAUUCCCGAAACCUUACAUCAAACCCAACUUGCUCCCUCGAUUUGCCUAGGAUACAAACUGAGAAGAUAACCACAGGAGGUCAAGAAGCUACAGCACAACCGGAGAAUGUUCAUCCGAAUGAAAGCGUCAACCAACCGGAUCUAAAAUCUCUGGCAACUGAAACUAUUACUCAUGAUGACCAGGUAAUCGAUUCUGAGCAGCAGAAUAAAGCGCAGGAGCUGGCUGAGGCCCCAGAGGUGGAUAAAGAUGAAGGAACCACCGAAGGGCAGAAAGUGGAUCAGUUUGACACGAGGAAACGUAGUCUCAAGAGGAAUCUGAGAGGUGGUCGGGGUGGUAAGCGUAUGAGGAUGGCCGAGAAUAAGAUAAGCAGGGUGAUAAAGCCUCCAAAAGAGGUUUUACCUUUUAGUUGUGAUUUGUGCAAUGUGAAAUGUGAUACACAGGCCGUUCUGGAGUUUCACCUGGUUGGUAAAAAGCACCUGUCAAAGGUGAGGCGCUUCCAAGGUCACCAAGCUAUAUAUGGUCCAGUUGGGCUUCAAGCGCUUUACCCUGCUAACCCUAACACGCAGUCUGUCUUCGUCCCUCAAGAGCAUCAUCAUCAACAACAAGCCCAUGUUAACAUAUCUCAGCAGCCGAUUGUGGUCAACAGCAUGCCUCUAGAUGGUCAAGUAGUUGCAGAAAUGCAGCAAGGACUCUAGGUUGUUGCAAGCUGAUAGAAUGAUGCCAAGUAUUUAUUUUUUUUGAAUGGUGUUUGGAUUAUAAUUCCUUUUUGGUGUAGGUAAUCUGUAUUCAAGAUGUCAGAUAGCUAAACUUUUUUUGUUAACAAUAACAUCACAUAAUAGAGAUACGGAAAAGGGAGACAGUUAUAGUAUUUGUUCCU